AAAGCAUGCAACCCGAGAUCAAUAGUGUGGCUGCAAUUGUUUGCCGACUUUAUUAAAGUUUCCGAAGGUUAUCAUUGUUAAAUUAAGUUGUAAAAGCAUACUUUACCAUGUGCUGUAGUGCUUCGACAACUCGGUGUAUUCUCUGUGCAUGUAAUUUCUUGUGAUUGAGCUGCUUUGCAGGAAGCACCGUAUCAAACAGUGUGGUGGAAUAGCGAAGAAGAAAAGGAAGACAUUUCGUUUUUCCCACGCUGUAGCGGAGGAAGUGGCUGUCGCGUAAACAGGGCUAGAAAACGAAAAAAGCCGGGUUGAAAACGUGCACAGGCUCGGGAAAGAAUAAUUUUCGCAUAGCAAUUACGUAUUGUUAUUGCUGGCAACAUAAAUAGAGUGCAAUAUGUCUAAGCGGCGUAUUGAAGUGAUGGACCCAUUCAUCAAGAGACGACGCGAGGAGAAGGCUGCUGCAGAGGGUGCGGCCGGUGCAAGCUCAUCCAAACUCGAUUCCGGCAGCUCAACGUCCGGGGGUAGCAGUUCUGGAUCAAAAGCGGGAGCGGUAGUAGGGGCGGCUGGCAAUGAGUCGGGAGGAAAGAACCCGCUGAACGGAGUUGCCUACAGUCAGAAUUAUUACAAUCUGUACAAAAAACGCAUCACCUUGCCCGUGUUCGAGUACAAGACAGAUUUCAUGCGGCUGCUAUCGGAGCAUCAGUGUAUCGUGCUGGUCGGCGAAACCGGAUCCGGCAAAACAACCCAAAUACCUCAGUGGUGUGUGGAGUACGCACUGCAGACGAGCUCGAAGGGAGUCGCGUGUACCCAGCCCCGUCGAGUAGCUGCCAUGUCGGUGGCUCAGCGUGUAUCGGAGGAAAUGGACGUCGUGCUGGGGCAGGAGGUGGGGUACAGCAUUCGUUUCGAGGACUGCUCCAGUCCCCGUACGCUGCUGAAGUACAUGACGGACGGUAUGUUGUUGCGGGAGGGCAUGAGUGAUCCGAUGCUGGAAGCGUACCAAGUCAUACUGCUCGACGAAGCUCACGAACGGACGUUGGCGACGGAUUUGUUGAUGGGCGUGCUGAAGGAAGUGAUUCGGCAGCGCAAGGAUUUGAAGCUGGUCGUGAUGUCGGCUACACUGGACGCGGGAAAGUUCCAGCAGUAUUUCGACAAUGCGCCGCUGAUGAACGUACCUGGUCGUACGCAUCCGGUAGAGAUUUUCUACACCCCGGAACCGGAACGUGACUAUCUGGAAGCAGCCAUCCGUACCGUCAUUCAAAUUCACAUGUGCGAAGAGAUCGAGGGUGACAUCUUGAUGUUCCUAACCGGACAGGAAGAGAUUGAAGAAGCUUGCAAACGUGUUAAGCGCGAAAUUGACAAUCUGGGACCGGAUGUGGGUGAGCUUAAGUGUAUUCCGCUGUACUCUACGCUGCCACCACAAAUGCAGCAGAAAAUUUUCGAACCAGCACCACCGAAACGUCAGAAUGGUGCCAUCGGGCGGAAGGUCGUUAUAUCGACGAACAUUGCGGAAACUUCGCUUACCAUCGAUGGCGUUGUGUUUGUGAUUGAUCCGGGCUUCAGCAAACAGAAGGUAUACAAUCCGCGCAUUCGCGUUGAGAGCCUGCUCGUUUCGCCCAUCAGUAAAGCGUCGGCUCAGCAACGUGCCGGUCGUGCCGGUCGUACACGGCCCGGCAAAUGUUUCCGCCUGUACACGGAGAAGGCCUACAAAACGGAGAUGCAGGAUAAUACAUAUCCGGAAAUUUUGCGUUCUAAUUUGGGUACGGUGGUGUUGCAGUUGAAGAAGCUGGGAAUUGAUGAUUUGGUCCACUUUGAUUUUAUGGACCCGCCUGCACCGGAAACGUUGAUGCGUGCGCUAGAGCUGCUGAACUAUUUGGCCGCCCUGGAUGACGAUGGCAAUCUGACAGAUCUUGGUGCGGUGAUGGCAGAAUUUCCGCUCGAUCCACAGCUUGCGAAAAUGUUGAUCGCAAGCUGUCAGCACAACUGCUCCAAUGAGAUCUUGUCCAUCACGGCAAUGUUGUCAGUUCCACAGUGUUUCGUGCGACCGAACGAAAUGAAAAAAGCUGCCGAUGAUGCUAAGAUGCGUUUUGCACACGUUGAUGGUGACCAUCUGACGCUGUUGAAUGUAUACCAUGCUUUUAAGCAAAACAACGAAGAUCAGGGAUGGUGUUAUGAUAACUUCAUCAACUAUCGUUCGUUAAAAUCGGCCGAUAAUGUACGACAACAGCUAGCCCGUAUCAUGGAUCGCUUCCAGCUGCAACGGACGAGUACGGACUUUACAUCGCGGGAAUACUAUUUUAACAUUCGCAAAGCAUUGGUGCAGGGCUUCUUCAUGCAGGUUGCUCAUUUGGAACGUACCAAGCAUUAUCAGACGAUAAAGGAUAACCAAGUGGUACAGCUGCAUCCGUCCACUUGUCUCGACCACAAACCGGAAUGGGUGAUUUACAAUGAGUUUGUGCUCACGACGAAAAACUACAUCAGAACUGUUACUGAUGUUAAGCCCGAAUGGUUGCUGCAGAUUGCACCACAGUACUACGAUAUGAAUAAUUUCCCACUGUGCGAGGCAAAGCGUCAGUUGGAGCUGAUACUGGCCCGCAUGGACUCGAAACAGUUCCAGCAAGGGUUUUAAAAGCAUGCCCUUUUGCACUUAUACCUAAAACAUCCUAGGUAAGGUUGCGCAUCCAUGUGUGAGUUUUUUGGAGAAAGUAUAAUCUGCUUUUAAGUUUAUUCCUGUUUUUUGGUCGACCGCCUACAAUCCACUCCCCAUACACAACAUUUACACUUAACCAGACGAAAUGGCGGCUCAUUGGUUACGUUUCCUAUGUGGGAAAUAUAUGGCUGGUAAAAAUAAAUCGCUAUAGAUACGUAAACCUGCAAAAGCCCCGGACUCGUUCCCAGAAUCGUGAAGAAAGAAUGAUAAGUUUAGGCAACUUAAACAAACAUUUAAUUACGUUGGA